AUGGAGGAGAAAUGGAAACCGGGCGACUCUUCGCGUCGCGCUACUGCGGCGCUUUGGUACAGCAAUUCGCAAGUUCGUCGACGCACACAAACGCGCGCGGACGCACACAGGCGCGCGUGUGCCGACGCGGAGGCUUCGCUCGCACACCUACCGCCCGGCGGAGUUAGCGCCAGUCCGCUUCACGCGACCGCCGGCGACAGACGUGCUGUGCCGCCGCGCCGCGCCCGUCGCAACGAUCGCGAAAAAAGUUCAACACACGAAACUCUCGUGGGACUUUCCUCUCGACCCGAGCGCCGUCGAAGUGGAGCCGCGAGUGCCGCGCCGCUAGUGACCUUUCCUAAAACCGGUAAUUCGGUACCCCCGGAACGGGUUUGGCCAAGGCCCGUGGCGGGACCUCCGCGCGUGAAG